GACCUUUUAAAUUUUCCUGGGGACUUUUUCCUUCGCCUCCUCUACUCCUCUGCACCUGGUAUUCCGAAGGUGUCCGGUCAAUUCAACUUCUCUACUGGUUUCUGACGCGCUCCCCUCCGUACCUCCUCCCUCAUCGUCUGGUCGUUUCAAUUCCCACCAUUCGCGCCUCAACCAUGUACGACUUCACCGUUGGCGGCGAGGCGAACCCGGCCGUCAUUCGCGUUGGCCUACCGCCUGCAUCCCUCCUGAACUUCCCUCCCAGCGAGCUCCCUGCAACCGUUCCUGCUCCUGUGAUUUCCGAGCCGACCUGGAACCAACCCUUCAACAUCCCUCCGGCGCUCUACAACCAACUGUUGGACGUGCGCGUUCCCAUUACAAUCGCGAGUGUCUACGCCGUGACUGUCGUCCUCAUCAAUCGCCUGAACAAGAGUCGAGGAUACAAGCCUUAUGGGUUUAGCCAGACCAGACUGUUCAAGCUCUUCGUCAUCCUCCACAAUGUGUUCCUGGCCAUCUACUCCGCAUGGACCUUUGCUGGCAUGAUUCGGGCUUUCCGCAACUCGUGGCCGAGUCGGGAUGAUCCCAACUAUGUCGCGGCUGUUGCCGACACGCUGUGCAAGAUCAACGGGCCCCGUGGUUACGGAAACGCCGCCACGUACGACCCUACGACCGACCAGUGGAUGUUCCGCAACCCGGAGUUCAGUCUGGCUGCAGGAGGUGUCCCGGACCCCACCGAUCUCGGUCGUCUCUGGAACGAGGGACUGGCCUUCCUCGGCUGGAUCUUCUACCUGUCCAAGUUCUACGAGGUCCUCGAUACGGUCAUUAUCCUGGCCAAGGGUAAGAAGAGCUCGACUCUGCAAACUUACCACCAUGCCGGUGCCAUGAUGUGCAUGUGGGCCGGUAUUCGUUAUGUCGCGGCUCCUAUCUGGAUCUUCACCCUGGUCAACUCUGGAAUCCAUGCUUUGAUGUACACCUACUACACCCUGACUGCUCUGCGCAUUCGCAUCCCCACCGUGAUCAAGAGAUCCUUGACCACCAUGCAGAUCACUCAGUUUAUCAUUGGUUCUACCAUGGCUGCCUCCUACCUGUUCUUCAGCUACACACUUCCUGUGGGCCAGUCUGCCCCCGUUCCUCCUGUUGAGAUCCCCGGAGUUGCCGUGGGCACUGCAGGUGCUGGACUGGUGCCCUGGAUCAAGAAGCUGGCUUUCCGGGCUGCCGGUGCGGAAGGCCUUGCGGAGAAUGUAGGCACCACUGAAGGCUCUGUUGCUCCACGCGUCCUCCACGUCGGUCCGAUGGUUACCUGCAUGGACACCAGCGGUCAGGGUUUCGCUAUCUGGCUCAACGUUAUGUACCUUCUGCCUCUAACCUACCUCUUCGCCCGUUUCUUCGUUCGUUCGUACCUCUACCGCAAGGAACCUGGCCCCCGGCAGCCGACUCAAUUGCACGCGGCCGAAAAAGCCGGUCUGGACGCUUUGAAGGGUGUGAGCCGCGAGAUCCGGAAGGCGGCCGAGAUGAGCGGUGAGACCAGCGAAGUCACGGAGGAUGAGGCUGUGAACAAGGUCAAGGCUCUCCGGGCGACCAAGGCCCAGCAGAAGAAUGCCGAGAACUCUCCCAUCCGGACCCGCGCUACCGCUGCCAAGCAGAGGACGCGUGCUGGUAACAGUGAUCAAGACUCCGACUCGGGUUUCUCGACCGUCAGCAGCAAGAAGAGCGCCAAGCGGACCACCAAGGAAGAUAUCCAGAGUUCUGCUGCCGUUGUUGUGGAUACCAAGGACUCCAAUCCCUUCCAGGUUUUGGACCGAUCGGCUUAAAGACCCCGCAGCGUUGGUUUUAAGGGCUCUGUUAGGAACCCGAAACCAAGCCGAAAAUACUUCA